AUGGCCGCCGUUGAGACGUACGUCCUCAACACCCACCUAGACCCAUUUUUUCGCCGCUCCUCCGCCACACCAUCGCCGUCGACACUUCGACCCUUAUCUUGUCGCCCUCUUGUCUUGCCCCACAUUGGCCCGAAAUGGGCCAGCCGAGUAGCACACGCCGAGGACUCCGAUUCACCAUCCGCGGACAUCGCCGAUCCCACCGGGGGUGACGCCUACGCCUCCCGGCAACAGGCCCUGUUGGGCCACACUCCUUCUGCGCCGGCGAGGUCGGACAUGCCCAGUCCUGGAGGCGGCCAAAAAGAUGAUUCCAUCCUGAUUACCUCCCCAACGACAACGCCCCGGGUCGACCUUAUGAGCGAGCAGGGUUUCGUACGAGCCGCCAAAAAAAAUAAAAAGACAAAAGCAAAAACCAACCAGAGUGAUGGCAACGGCCCUGGUGGUGGUGGUAGCGGUGGCGGUGCCGGCGGUGGUGAUAAAGGCGGUGAUGGCUCCGGCGAUGCGAACGGUGGUGAUGCCGCUGGGGGUGAUGCCGCCGGCGGGGAAGCUGGCGGUGGGGACGGCGGCGACGGAAGUGGUGGUGGUGGUGGUGGUGGCGGUGGUGGUGGUGGUGGCGGUGGUGAAGACGAUAAGGGCAAGGAUGAGAAUGGCAAGCCCGGAGAAGGAGAUGAGUCUACUGAUGCGUGGGGAACCUUUUCUAUGGCCGAACAAAAGAAAAAGAAGAAGAAGAAGGACAAGACCUCCACGACGAUCGAGGAAAACGCCCAGCCGACCGAUCCUGGGCUACUAGACGUGGAAUCCGGCCCCGGCGCUUUUCCUGCAUUCCAAAGUGUUGGAUUCGACGCGCAACCACCAGCCCCCGAGCCAGCCCCCGACCCCCCCGCGAGCCAGCCGGAGAGCAAGUCCUCCGAUUCAGGCGGCGGCGGAUGGGGCUUCGGCAAUUGGCUCAAGAAGACCUCAAAAGUUAUCGAAGCAAAAGUUACAGAAGCAAAAGGUAUCGAUGAUGCACCUUGGAACAAACCUAACAACUCCAAAGCACCCGAUCUGGGUUUCAAUUUUGGCGACCCCGAAGAUGCGGGUUGGGGCAACAGUCAGGAUACCGGUCCCUUGAAGGAUGAACCAUUGAUGGCCUCAGUGGCGAACAAGAAGAUGAAGAACAUGCCGAACGUGUGGGAAGAAUCUGGACUGGAAGCAGGCCCCGUCCACGUUCCCGACCCACCCCCGGCGGCCGAGGACGACUUUUUCAACCCUUCCGGCACCAAAAAGAAAAAGAAGAAGGCGAACGGCGUGAUAAUGCCUUUAGAUGACGAUUUCGGCAAGACCUCAGAGGUCAAGUCAGCGACCGAGGAUGCCUGGGGCUUCUGGGGUGCCAAGAAAAACACUCCCCGGAGUAGUGCUGCCGCGCUCGACGCGAAGACCGCCGAUCCCGAACCCGAAGCCGGACCUAAGCCUGGAGAAGGGCUAGGGCCGGACCCGGAAGCAGCUGACCAGAGUAGCGAGUUGCCCUGGGCCUGGGGCACGAAUUCGAACAAAAAGUCGAAGGGGAAGAAAGAAGGUAAGGACGACUCGCGUGACGAUUUACUCACUCAAGAUACAGAUCCAAAACCGGAAGCCGAUUCCGUCCCCGAGGAUGGUUGGGCCGCCCCCAUCGACAAGAAGGCCAAGAAGAAGAAUAAGAAGGUUGAACUUGACACGCAGCCCCAUAGUUUCGAGAUGGCGAGCCUCGAACCCCCAGAAAAGGACGAUGCCAGUAUCCGAAGCUCGGGCAAGGAUAAGAAGGACAAGAAGGACAAAGAGAGCAAAAAGAAGGAGAAGGAGAAGGAGAAGGACAAGGACAAGGACAAGAAGAAAAAGAAAAAGAAGGACGAACCGGAACCGGAACCGGAGUCGGAACCGGUCGCCGAGCCUGAACCUGAGCCUGAACCAACCUCGGAACCAGUACAGGAACAGGAACAGGAACAGGGGGAUCGGGGACCGGAAGAUUAUGUAGGUGGCUACUCGUGGUUUUCCUCUGGGAAGAGUGCUAGUAGGAGGAAAGGGAAGUACGAGGAACCCCCACCUAUACCGAUACCGAUACCGGACCCCUCCGACGAUUGGAGCGGGGCGUUGUCCAGGAAGGACAAGAAGAAGAAAAAGGCUGCCGAAGACCAGGCCGCGGCGGCGGCUGCUGCUGCUGCUGCCGAAGCUGCCGAGGCCACCGCAGAGGCACCGGCACCUGAUGAUGAUGAUAAAGAUCUCCUUAUCGAUCUUGACAAGGGAGAAAACCCGAAGAGCGUCGGCUUCUUCGAUUCCUGGGCCACGGGGAACAAGGAAGAAAGAGGCCCAGAAGAACAAGAACGCCGAGAAAAGGAGGCGGAAGAGCAGGCCGCCAUAGAAGCUGAAGAAGUCCAAGCAGCAGCAGAGGAAGCGGAACUAGCGAGUCUCCAAGCCAAGCUCAAGGGCAAAAAGAAGAAGGGGAAGGCUAAGGAAGAUCUAGAGCGGGUGGAGGAGCUAACGGCUAGUAUCAACAGGCGGGCCGAGGUUAGGGCUCUACGGGAAGCAGAGAAGGCCGAAGAGGAGGAGCGAAAAAGGAAGGAGGAGGAGGAGGAACAGGCUGCUAAGGUGGCUGAGGAAGCGGCCGCUCGCGAGGCGGAAGAGGCCGCUGAACGGGAGCGUCAGGCAGAAGAAGCCGCCGCAGCCGAAGCUGCAGCUGCAGAAGAGGAGGCAAGGCUAGCCGCCGAAGCCGAAGCUGCAGCAAAGGAGGAAGCCCGAAUCGAAGCAGAACGGUUAGAAGCUGAACGACUGGAGGCUGAACGGCUAGAAGCCGAGCGGCUCAAACUUGAGGCUGAGGCUGUGGCUGCUGAGGCCGAGGCCGAGGCCAAGAGAGCAAAGAAGGCCAAGAAGGAGAAGGAGAGAGAGGAGAGGGAAAGGGAAAAAGAGCGGGAACGAGAGAGGGAAAGGGAAAAGGAGCGGGAAAAGGAGGAGAAGGAGAGAAAGAAAAAGGAGAAGGAGAAGGAAAAGGAGAGGGAGAGAGAGCGGGAAAAGGAGAGGCUAAAAGAGGAGAAAGAAAAGGAGAAGGAGAGGAAGAGAAAAGAGAAAGAGAGAGAAAGGGAGGAAAGAGAGGAGAGGGAGAGGGAGGAGAGGGAGAAGGAGAAGGAGAAAGAGAGGAUAAGGGCGGAAAAGGAACGGGAGAAGGAGAGACUAAGGGAAGAGAAAGAACGAGAAAGGGAGAGGGAGAGGGAGAAGGAGAAGGAGAGGGAAAGGGAGCGGUUACGGGAGGAGAAGGAGAGGGAGAAGGAGAGGGACAAGGAGAAGAAGAAGAAGGAGAAAGAAAAGGAGAAGGAGAAGAAGAGCAAGUCCAAGUCCAAGGACAAGGACAAGGAGAAGGCUAAGGCUGCUGCUGCUGCUCUAGCUGCUGCUGCCGCCGCCGCCGACAACGAUGACGACGAUGGCGACGACGAUGACGACGAGUUCAAAGACCUCGAAGACGUGAACCUUACCGCCGAGCAAGUCGAGGAACUAUUAAGGGAUGCCCCGAAGGAGGAUGACCCAGAAGAGGACGACCCGGAAGAAGAUGACCACAAAGAGGAUGAGCCGAAAGAAGACGAGGAGGACCUCGAGCCGCCAGUUGAAGAGCCAGCGGCAGCCGAAGAAGAAGAAGAGGAUUCGCCAGCUGAAAAGGAGCCCGCGCCACCCGCCAAUGACGCCUUCAGCUUCUGGGGGGCCGCCAAGUCAGGCUCGAAGAAGAAGUCGCGGCUGAGCUCGUGGUUUCCUGGAACGGCUGAUGCCGACGAUUCGGCCCCCUCCCCUCCUGCCGAAGCCGAUGCGCCAGAGAGUGGGCACGAUGAGCCAUCGCCUAUUGUGGAAGCCGCAACGGCCACGGCAGCUGGGGAAGGCGCCGCCGAGGUAUGGUAUGACGCGGAGCCAGAGAAAGUCCCCAAGCCUCGAUCCUCGUCCUCCAAAAAGGCCGUGCGCGGCAAGAUCGCGGACCGACUUCGUGCAUUCGAGGCGCUUGAUGAGGAACCUGUAGGAGCGGAAUCCGAAGCCGAAGCCGAAGCGCCAGCCGUUCUCGAAUCACCCCCUUCCCCUAUUCCGUCGCCGUCACCGUCCCCCCCACCCCCGCCGCCGCCUAUCGUGGAGCCCCAGCCGGUCCCCAGUCGAGAGGAGAGGAAGAGAAGCAAGAAGAGCAAAAACAAGGGCAAAGAGCAGGUCAUCGAUGUUGCGGGCUUCCCCCCAGCUCCGCCUCCACCACCCUUCAUUCCUCCUCCCCCGGAAGAUGAGGUGCCUGGGGGCUUCCCUAUGAGUGAAGAGGAACCCCACCACAGCCGCCAUCUUGACGACGAUGAUACCAUCGAAGUCGUCGAAGUAUCCCCCCCUAAAAAGGGCAGGAAAUCGUCGAGGCGGUCCAAACCCGCCCCGGAAAUCGUCGACGUCCCGCCGGCUGUACCUCCGCCACCUGCGGUUCCCGACGCGCCGCCCGCGCCGAUGAUGACACCAGCCGCGUUUCAGGCGGCGCGUAAAGAACGCCCCCGCGUGAAUCGUGAAGGCUCGUCGUCGUGGAACGCAUGGACGGCGGCACCGGACAGGGAGCCGAAGAAGCCUGCGCCUCGGCCCGCCAGGCCCGAAAGGGAGUCGAGUUCCCGGAAGAAGCCCCCCGCUGCGGACAGGAUGGACAGAUACGGGUACGAUCAACCACCGUCGCGCGGUUCUGGUUCAGACGGCGCAGACCGGCCACGAGCCAGAGACGCGCCCGCACGCUUCGCCAGUGUCUUCGCCAGCACCCCGCCCCUAUCCCGCUCGAUGUCAACCCGCGACAAGCGCCACGGGGGCAGCAAGUCGAGCUCGCGCAGGCAUUCGGUUGAUAUGGACGGAGGUUUGAUGAGCCCACCUCCGGAGGACAUGUCGUCCAAGGCGGCCAAGAUUCUUGGCGUGGGCGCUGGUGCCGUCGGCGCUGGCCUUGGUCUGUCGAGAUCGGGAAGCAGGCGGAAUCGGAGGGAAGAGGAUGAUGACAUCGUCAUGGUUGGCGCUUCCGAUACCGACCCAGCCCCAGAUAGGGCCGAUCGCCGGAGACAAAAGCAAUAUUCGCGGGACGACGACAUCGUCAUGGUUGAUCCUGCUGAUGCAACGCCCAUGCGGUCUCCCCUCAAGCGCUCCGGCUCUACCUCCAAGAAAUCGGGUUUCUCUUCCUUUCUCGGGGGCGUUUUCAAGGGCGGAGAUAAGCAAGAUCAGCGCAUGGAACCGCCUCGACCAGAGCCCCGUCGCCGGGGCACCUACCCGACCACUGACGAGGAAUUGGGUGGUAGACGCGGCGAAGAGACCGAUGCUGAGCGUGAAGCGCGCCGUGCGGCGCGUCGGGCUAGGAGGGUUGAGAAAGAAGCCGCGCAGUACGGCACGACGGAUCAGGCCGCCGAAGAAGCGCGCCGGGCCAAGGACGAAGCGCGUCGCGAGCGGCGCAGGAGGCAGGAGGAGGAAGAUGAAAUUCGUCGUCAGGAAGAAAAGGAGGCUCGCCGCGCCGAGAGACGGGCGCAACGCGCACGGGAGGACGCAGAGCGCCAGGCGGCCGAGCAGAAGGAAGCGGAGCGCGCUGAGCGUAAGCGACGGCGCGCCGAAGUGGACGCAGCCGAAGUUGAAGCCGACGCCCGCCGUGCUGCGAAACACCAGGAACGUCGCCGCAGCUACCAGCCCGAGGAGUCCGGUCGCGAGGAGGACGAAGAUCGCCGGCUCCGUAGAGAAGCUCGGCGCGCUGCGAAGGAGGGCAGGGAGCGUGAUGAACGCUAUUCUCGUCGUCGGCCCGAAGUAGCCCCCGACAACUAUGUCUACCCCAAGGCAUCCCGUGAGAACACGGGCGGUUCCUGGCCGCACUCGGGUACGUCGUCCUGGGUAAAAGACCACUCCGACGCGCCACCGCCUCCUGACAAUGUUGAAGCGGCCGAGCCCCCAGCACCGGAAGUGGAGGUCAUUGAAGACGACGAAGAAGCCCGCCGCGAAGCUCGCCGCCACGCUCGCCGCCAGGCCAAAUACGCUGAGGCCAGGUAUGCUGAGGCAGCAGGCAUGACCGCGGAAGACGACGAUGACCGACGUCGCAGGAAGCGCCGCGAGGAGAGGGAGCGUGAGAGGGAGCGGGAGAAGUACCGCACGGACAAAGACAGGGGCUGGGAUCGUCACAGAGAACAACCGCAUCAUGUCUCGGAUGGGAGUGACGGCCGGAAGGACAGCCGGCGGAACUCGUCCAUGUUUGCGGACGCCACACCCCGCAGCUCGUGGUGGAAGAGGCUCACCAAAAAGAGCGAGUGA